CCGGGCAGGAAGCGGGGCGCGGUGCGGGCGAGCGCGGGGCCGGGGCCGGGUAUGCGCGGGCCUGGGCGGGCGGGCAGCCCCGGCGCACAGCCGCGGCCGGGCGCGCGGCGCGGGGCGGAAAAGCCUGUUUACACAGACUGCACACCGCCUGGGGAAUAAUGCAGUAAAGGAAGUGAGCCGGCUCGGCCCGACUGCUCCAACUUCCUGCUCUCACACACAGGAGGCAAAAAAAAAAAAAAAAAAAAAGAGGAGCGAGAGAAAGAAAAAAAAAAAAACAGGGGGGAAAAAUCAGGAUCUCAUUACAAGAGCCACAGACCGUCUGCAGACGCCUGUCAGCAUGGAAAGUCGGGGGCUUUCGCCCGGUUCCUCCUAGAAACCCCCUCCCCCGAAGAAGGAUCUUGAGAGCUCCCCCACAUCUGGGCAUGGAGAGUGCAAUCACGCUGUGGCAGUUCCUGUUGCAGUUACUGCUGGACCAGAAACAUGAGCAUCUGAUCUGCUGGACCUCCAACGAUGGUGAAUUCAAGCUCCUCAAAGCAGAAGAAGUGGCCAAACUGUGGGGACUCCGAAAAAACAAAACAAACAUGAACUAUGAUAAGUUGAGCAGAGCCCUGCGAUACUAUUAUGACAAGAACAUCAUCAAGAAGGUGAUUGGGCAGAAGUUCGUGUACAAAUUCGUCUCCUUCCCCGAGAUCCUGAAAAUGGACCCCCACUCGGUGGAGCUCAGCCGCGAGGGUCUCUUGCUGCAGGACAGCGACUGCAAGGUGUCCCCCGAGGCCCGCGACGCGCACAGGCACAGCUUGUCGGCCCUCAAGAGCGCCAGCCGCAACGAGUACAUCCACUCGGGCCUCUACUCGUCCUUCACCAUCAACUCCCUGCAGAACCCGCCCGAGCCCUUCAAGGCCAUCAAGACGGAGAAGCUGGAGGAGCAGCCCGAGGACGGGCCGCCCGUGGAGGAAGUCAGGACUGUCAUUCGGUUUGUGACCAAUAAAACCGACAAGCACACCAGCAGGCCCGUGGUGUCCCUGCCCUCCACCUCGGAGGCCUUCCUGGCCUCGUCCGUCUCGGCCAAGAUCUCCUCGCUCAUGUUGCCAAACGCCGCCAGCAUCUCGUCCUCCACCUCGCCCGCAUCCUCCCGCUCCCCGUCCCUGUCCCCCCACUCGCCCCUCCCGCCCGAACACCGGAGCCUCUUCCUGGAGGCCGCCUGCCAGGACUCGGAUUCCCUAGAGCCCUUGAACCUCUCUGCGGGCUCCAAGACCAGGUCUCCAUCUCUGCCUCCCAAGGCCAAAAAACCCAAGGGCUUGGAAAUCUCGGCGCCCCCGCUGGUGCUUUCGGGCACCGACAUUGGCUCCAUCGCCCUCAACAGCCCAGCCCUGCCCUCCGGCUCCCUCACCCCAGCCUUCUUCACUGCCCAGACACCCAACGGAUUGCUCCUGACCCCGAGCCCGCUGCUGUCCAGCAUACACUUCUGGAGCAGCCUCAGUCCAGUUGCUCCUCUCAGCCCUGCCAGGCUGCAAGGGCCAAACACGCUGUUCCAGUUCCCAACCCUGCUCAACGGCCAUAUGCCAGUGCCGAUCCCCAGUCUGGACAGAGCUGCUUCUCCAGUCCUGCUUUCUUCCAGUUCUCAGAAAUCCUGAUGACAUCUGGCCACAAUGAAAGACUCAUUCGCUGAUGAAACAAAAGUUGUCCCCAUGGGCUGGUUUACCUGUGUCAUGAGAAGGACAUUGUGAAACCCUCUGUUAAUUUGGUUUGCACUUUUCAUAACUUGGAUGGUCUAGAUUUAUGUUAGCAUUUUAAAAACAUUUUUUUAUAUUCAAGUAUAUAUGAAAUCUGUUUUGCAUUAAAUGAAUUUUAAUUUUUUUUAUAUCCUUAGCUCUUAAGUGUUGAACACUGUUGACAGUGAAGAACUUUUCUUAAUAAUUUUCAGUCUAACUAAUAAGGAUGUGAAGUUUCCUCUUUAAUCCUGCAUAUGCUGAACUGUGCUUCUAUACACUAUAACCAGCUGUGCCUUCCUUGCAUUUAGUUUUAUGUAAAUGACCUAUAUGUUUUUAGUAUUAAGAGAAAAUGUUUGAGAGCAAAAUAGCAUCAAACAGCUCUCUUGUAGAAUUUUGUUAUUUUUCACAAGUAGGCAAUAUGAAAGCAGUCAUAUUACGUUUGCUUUUUUGCUUUCAAUUGUAUAAGAACUGCCUUAGAACUGAAAUUCAGUAAAUGUAAUGUCCGCAUAAUAUUUUUAUAAGAAUAAACUAAGCCAUAGACAAUAAACACAAAAGAAACUGUUUUAAAGUGCAUUUUUUACAAAAGAGUAGAACCCUGAAUGGCCGGCCUUCUAGUCUUAGUGACCAUUUAGGCUUUGCCAGAACAGAAACUUGGGAAAGGCUACGUUACAGUGAAUCUGCCCUAUGCUUCUGGAGAACUGUUUCUGCGGUUAACAUCAUCUUUCAAGGAAUUAGCUCCAGGUCUCCCAAAUUUCCAUACAGAAUCACCCCUCUGGCUCAUUUAAUGCACUAUUAUGUAGAGUGUCUCAAUAAACACUUGAAAUUGUAAUUAACACCAAAAAUGCAUACUUUGGAAGAAGUUCCAAAUUGGUGAUGAUUAGCAACAGCAAAGAAACUGAAAGUGUAACCCAUGUAUCUUCAGGGUAGUACUAUAAGGCAGGGUACACUACUUUAUGUAUUACUGAAUUUGUGGUAAGAAUGAAGGAAAUCUAUAAAAUGUAUAAAGAACUUCAAGCACUUCAUCAAUGUAAAACAACUGAUCUUACAGUAAUGUGGAACACUCAUAAGUAAAUUCUCUGUAGUUUAGUUUAGAGCAGUGGAAUUUCACAGAAACGUAAUCUGUAACUUCAAAAUAAAAAUAGGCACCAUUCAAAGGCAUUAUUUUGUACAUAACAGAAUUAAUAAAGAGUCCUGUGCUUUCAAGAUUAGGCUAGUCAUUAUUUUUAACACAAGUAACAAAACCCAAUUUGAAUGUGGCUAGAAACCAGGUAUUAAUCUAAACCAGGUAUUAAAUGGCAGAGGUUGUUUUGGGGGUAAAAAUAAAGUAAUUUAAACAC